UCAUCGUCAGAUCAUCUUGAAAGAACAAAGCCAGAACAUUUUCAUGCCAGCCAAGAACCUCUGUCAUUUGUGCGAGCUGCUAUUAAACGAACAAGAACAAACACUCAGGGUGACCAGAGAAGGCGACCAGAGUUCACCGUUAUCUCAGCAGAACAUCUGGAGAAUAAUGACCGGUUUCCAGGAACCUCUGUAGUUUUCCCUCAUCCCCCUCAGUCAGGGUGGUCUGCAGGCAUCCAGCCUGUCACCCAGCUCCCACCAUCCUAUAACCAGGUGAUUCAAGAGAAGACUCAAGAAGUGAACAUUGUCAAGCCCACUGCAGCCCCCCGUCGGACCACCUGCACCACCACAAGUGCCACACAAACUGACCCUGUGAGGGAAGACGUCACCGCCACCGCCACCACCCCACGGUGCAUUGCACCCCCACAGUCAGCUGAGAGAAGAUCUGCUGGUAAAGAGCCACAAAAACCACCAAGAUCAUCACUGCUAAAAGUAGUGAACAGAGAACCAGUCACUGAAACUGACAGGAAGGAUAGAACAAAUAUUACAGCAUCCACAAACACUGAGAACCAAAGUGACUCUAAGCCAAAUGUAAAGCAACCUAACCAAUCAGAAUCCACUAAUACAUGCAACAGCUGUGUUACUGUGCUCUGGAAUAUUCCCUCAAAACAUCUCCCUACUGAAACUACCACCUCUUCUUCGGACUCAGAACCCAGUAAACGGCCCAUUCCACUUCCUCGUAUAAAAUCCCAAAAGCAGGCAGUUACAGAGAAAGUCCAAAUCCAGACUUUGGUCAAGCUCAGUGAAAACUGUGACAGUAUUCACCCCUAUCCACAGGAAGUCUCCUUAAAUAAGUAUUUAAAGGAGUUGUUGGAGGUCUUUAGCGCAGAAUACGAGCUCGAGGAGAACGGUGACAUCACUAACCAGUCAGACGUGGACUGUCAAGGUGAAGAUGCUUUUGGCAAGAUGAGCAUGAACAACAGUCAACGUAAUAUCCGGGCCAGGAUCCAGGCCUUUGAAAGUCAAGCAUGCACUGAGGACGGAAAUGUGGCCGAACCAGCUGAACCUGCACUUCAACCCAGGAGGGCGAGCUUCAAACCUUCAGUUGCUGCUAAACCUUCUGUAGCUCUUAAACCUCAGUUUAACCACAAUAUAGAAAAUAAUGACAGCCAAAAUAUAUCAAUCACAAAUGUACCCCAAAGCCCUACACCAGUGAACAGACCCCAGACCCCUAUGAGACCAGUGGGGAUGUCUAUAAAAGGGGAGCUAGAGGCUGCGCUACAGAAGGGGCCCAUCUCAAAUAGACCAUCUCCUUCUGUAUUGAGCAGAGCCAACAGUAUCUUUGAAGCAGAAACUUCACCAAUUCCUCCAACAACUCCAGUGAACCUUUUUAAGGAACCUUUGAAACCCAACCUUUAUGUAAACAACCACAACUCGGCCUCCAUUUUCAGUGAGAACGAAUAUGUGAGCUUUCCAUCAGAUCACGCCCAAAUCAAGCCACAACGUAGUGUAGACAGCGAUGGAGGCUCUUUCUCCAGACAAAGUAUGACAAAGAGACCAACCACCAUCAGGGUUCCCAGCAAAACCGUUUCAUUCUCUGAUAAUUUUGAGGACAACCCUCCAGCUCCCCCUGUUCAGAAGGCUAUAGGUUCCUUUAACACCUCAGUGAGAAACAAACAGAGCCCAACACCCCUUCUCCCCUUUCAGCCUGGCUCACAGCUGACACUACCACCUCGGAGGCCCAGUACAGCCAAACAGCUCCCACCUCGUCCAUCUCCAGCCAAAACAGGCCCAGGAAGACCUCCUCUAUCCAGUCAUCAGGACUCAGCAUCAUGGGAGGCAUCACCUAAACCCCAGCCACAGAAGACCUCCAGGAAAGGACCUGUUUUACCUCCAAGGCCCAACCCAGGCCACCGUCUCUACAACAAAUACACUCUUCAAGUUCCCCAUGGAAUUGCAGCUUGUAACUAUAAUGGGAACAGUACAGGAGAGCUGUCAUUUCAGAAAAAUGAAGUGCUUUUGUUGCUAGAGGAGAUUGACCACAAUACAUUUGAGUGUGAAGUUGGAGACGCCAGAGGCAGAGUGCACAAGUCUCGCAUGACGGUCAUAACUCCUCUUGACUCAGACAUGUCCCCACCACAGGGUGUCAGUCCAGCUACUUCAGGUGGAGAUGGUUAUGGGCAAAAGGUGCAGGCCCUACAUGACUUCAUCCCAGAGGGUCCAGGAGAGCUGGGUCUGAGAGCAGGAGAUGUCGUGACCAUGGUAGAGCAAGUGGACAGUGAGUGGUACAGAGGCACUUGUAGGGGAUCUACUGGUUUCUUUCCUGUCAGUUAUGUCAAAGUCCUGUCGGAUUCACCAAAAACUCUACCUAAAAGGAAACCAAAGCCACCACCUGCAACAGCCAGUGGUCCGCGAUGUGUGGCGAGGUUUGACUUUGAAGGGGAACGUGGUGAUGAGCUGUCUUUCUCUGAGGGGGAUGUGAUCCAGCUGAAGGAAUACGUGGGACAGGACUGGGCUCGGGGACAGAUCGGCACCUUAACCGGAAUCUUCCCUCUUAACUUUGUGGAGGUCACUGAAGAUCUGCCUCCACCUCCAAGUCAGCAGCAGACACAGCCCUCCAGGAUAGCUCUGCCUGGCAUGACUGCUUCUCCAGCUCUCAAACCUGCUCAGGCGUCUCAGUUCUCUGUGGACUGGGUGGUGGCUCUGCACGACUAUGAUGGGAACUCGGGUGAAGACCUGUCCUUUCGGCAGGGCGACCGUAUCUUGGUCACUCAGUACAUUGAUGCCGAGUGGAGCUACGGCAGACUCAACGGCAAAGAGGGCAUGUUCCCCAGGGCUUUUGUUGAGAACGCCACAGCAGCCCAGCAGUCAUCUAACAACAAGCAGUAUGAAGCUGCUGGUGGUGGGAGAGCCAGGGCUCUGUAUACCUUCACUUCAGAAUGUGAUGAGGAGCUCUCUCUGCAGGUUGGAGAUAUUAUAACUAAUUUGGAGUCUGUUGAUGGUGAAUGGUUCUUGGGUGAGUUGAGGGGGAAACGUGCCCUGGUCCCUAAAAACUAUGUGCAAGUACUGGCACAGUGACAUGUGACCUGCAGUACAACAAACAGGGACAAUGUUGGAUGACCAGAUCUGAAAUAAGAGGACACUUUGGCCAAACUGAAGCACCUUUUAACUGGAAUGCAGUAUUUCAUCUAUAAGUGAUGCCACAUCUUUAAUCAUCUGCAGCAUGAAGUGUUUUUAUUAUGGUUAUAAAUAAAGCUGACUCAGUAUCAAUUGUUUA